CAAUAUUUGGCAGUAAUGUUUUGUGCCUUGAUUCUGUCAGGCUGAGGGAACUACCCACGCUAUGGAUCGCGUGAUGUUCAUGCUGCCAGGGUUAGAAGGCUAUGCAGCAACGCUGGAGCAGCUCUGUAGAGGACUAGAGAUCAAAGCUUGUGUGCUACAGCUCGGUGUGGACCACAAGAAUGAGAACAUGGACCAGAUGGUCAACAGGUUAUACAAGACGGUGAUCUCGAAGCUAACGCCUGGUGCUCCAUUCUGGCUUCUGGGAUACAGUUACGGUUCUCUCCUCACUUUGGAGCUGGCUUCGAGGUUGGAGGAAGCAGGUUUCAAGGGAACAGUGUUCUGUCUGGACGGUGCCCCUGAUUUCCUCUACGCUAUAAUUUCGAAGACCAUGAACAUUAACAAUGACUUCCAACUGCAGAACAGCUUGCUGUGUCAGGCUGUAAGUAUUGUUGCCCCUACCCUAGACGUUGCCAACGAGGUUAUGGACAAACUCAAUGAAAUCGAGUCUUAUGAAGAAAGAAUUGCUUUGGCGGUCAAAUUGACACCGAUACAGAACAAAUAUUCAGACGAGUUCUUCGCGAACAUCGCUAGAGCUUCCUUCGACAGGCUGAAGACCAUCCUGGACUUCGACCCGAAGGCCUUCAGGAAGCUGCAGUCCCCCGUCAUCCUCCUUCGUCCCAAGGAGAACCCGUCCUUCGUGGCGGUAGAAGAGAACUACGGACUCGACAAGUACACGGAGAACAGUGUCACCGUGCACUUCCUGGAGGGGAACCACGUGUCCAUCAUUGAGAACAAGGACUGUGCCAACAUCAUCAACAGAGUUCUGGUCGAGAACAAAGAAGAGUUAAGCAGCUAAUAACUCAAUAUCUUCAAUAUUGUAUGUAAGCAGAACUUGUAUUGUAGACGACUUCAAUCAAAAAAUAUUUUGUAAUGAAAUUUUAAAUCAUUAAAAAUUACAAUCUAACUAUAAAACGUGUUGAAGAUCUCCCAUUAAAUUGUUAAAUAUAACCUAUUUAUUAGUAGUUAAUUAAAUGAUAGUCUUAAGGUUUGUCUGCAGAUGGCAAGCAAGGGUAGCUCGUCGCCCGACCAGAACCAGACCCGUGCAGACGGCGCGGUGCGUUCCACUCGCGCCUUAGAGAGCCAUCAGAGCACUACAGAUGGGGCAUGGGAUUCACACAAAUAAUUAAAUAGUAUAAUAGUUUUAAAUACAACUUAAUAAAUAUUCGUUUACUGUG